AUGAUGGAAGCAACUACCUCACCUAUCUUGGCUGGCAACAUCUUGAAUGAAUCUAUACCCAAAGAUGAAGCUGAUCAGCUCCUUCAAGACCUGUUUCAUGAGAUGAAUGAGGAGAGUUUUGAUGAAAUAAGAUUUGCAGCUUACAGAACAGCAGCAAAACUGCUCUUCAUUCAAAACAAAACCAACUUGCACUUGGUUGAUGUGUUUAACAUGAUUGAAGCAUUUAGAGAAAAUGGCCUGAAUACUCUUGACCACAACACAGAGCUCCAUGAAACAAGGCUGGAAGCAAUUGUAUCAAGUAUUUUUUAUGCUCUGAACAAACGGCUUCCCACAACUAACUACAUUGAUGUAGAACGAUCCAUAAGUCUGGUCACUAACUGGCUUCUUUAUGCGUAUGACAGUGAUGCCAUAGGUAGAAUCAGAGUGCUGUCAGUGAAAACUGCUCUUUCUACACUCUGUGCUGGACGUCUCAUAGAUAAAUUGAGAUAUCAUUUUUCACAAAUUGAGGAUGACAGAGGUUAUUUGAACUUCCCCAAGUUUGAAGCUUACUUAAGGGAAUUAUUGCAGCUCCCUGCAGCUGUUGGAGAGGCACCCACAUUUGGUUUCUCUGAAGAGAUUGUGGUCAGGUUCUUCAGUCCUGAUGGGCCUUUGAAAAGAAAUGAAACAGUUCUUCUUAAUUUUCUUGAGUGUGUCAUGGGUACUGAUGCUCCCCUUUGCUAUGUUUGGCUUGGAACCAUGCAGAAAAUGGCCAAUGCUGCAAAAUGUGAACAUCAAAUUCCUUGUCAAGUUUGCAAGACAAAGCCUGUUGUUGGCUUCAGGUACAAAUGUCUUCACUGUUACAAUUACACUCUCUGUCAGGACUGCUUCUGGAGAGGAAAGUCUUCACAAGGCCAUAAACAGGAUCAUGAUGUGCGAGAGUACUCCACUUGGAACGCUGGCGAGAGAGGCAAUUCUCUCCGAAGUAAAUUUCUCUGCGGUGGAGGACGAAAGAAACGACCUUCCCUCCCAGAGUACCCCAGGGAACCAGAGCCUAAUAAGACACUAGAUGUCACGAACAUCAUACCUCCGUUGCCUUCAGAUCUUUCCGGUCCAAAUCAAUAUGUUGAUUACGUCGCAAGCUCUACGUCACCUGAGUCAGUGGAUACCUCAAUGGAGUCGUCACAGCCAACUAAAAUGGCGGAGGAUUUGGACGGAAGAAUGGAUGAUGAGCACAAGUUGAUAUCAAGAUAUGCGGCUAGACUCGCAGCCAAUUCGCGACAGAAACCCGCCGCUAAAGUGACCAAGUCUCCAAGUCAGUCAAGCAUUGACGCCAACAGGGAACAGAGAGAACUCAUGCAGACUCUGCAAAACAAAAACAGGCUUCUCCUAAAAGAAAUUCGACGCUUGCGCGACGAGCAUGAGGAAACAUCCCGAUCAGCGGCCCAAAUCGCACAAAAUCCCCAGCUAUUGGCUGAACUUAAGUUGUUACGGCAACGAAAAGAUGAAUUAGAAUUGCGCAUGUCUGCGCUGCAAGAGAGCCGCCGAGAACUGAUGGUACAGUUAGAAGGACUGAUGAACCUGCUCAAAGCCGGUUCACCCCGGGCGCCACGCAGCCCUAAGGCACAGAGAAUGGAGGAUCAAGGCUCGCCUCUGGAUUUCGAAAGGUCUCCCUUGUCCUCAUCUGCUGCAGAACCAGGCCUUCGAUCGGAGCCUCCUCCGCUCAGUGGAGUAGAUGGUGAUAUCAAGCAAGCGUUUGGAGACCGAGCCACUGGCAGGAACUUGAGAGAUGAUCUGCUAUUGGCUGCUGACAAUGUGACUAGUGCGAUGUCCUCGCUCGUCAAAGAACUUAAUUCUGAGGAUGAAGACGAAGCGGUGAAUUUUCCCAACGGAAACACAGAUGACACUGAUCUGGAGGCCCUUGAACAGCAAGUCAAUCAGAUUAGGGAAUCACUGGAAUCACAGGAAGCCAGGGAAAAUUCAAACCUGACCAAUGGAGACAUUGUCAUGACAGAGCCAUCGGAGAAAGUUAUCCUUCACGGUCCGAGCAGGAGCGGAAAAACUCCGAAGGGUCGACGAGCAGGCUCCGAAGGCGAUACGGAUACAGACGAUGAUGACCUCAACGCUCGCAAAGGAGAUUACAAGACCUCGUCCCGAUCUCAAAUGACGGAUGACGAGAGUUACAUUCAAACCGACGACGACGAAGGUACCCAACGAACAGAUGACGAAGAUAUGGAGUGGCAGGAAUCAAUCAAGCGAUGGGUCAAUCGAUAGAUGAUUGCCAAGAAUCGAUAGAUUGUUGUAUAUCUAAGAUAAUAGUGAUCUUUAUUUUUAUAUCUUUACUCGACCGUACAAUGUCUCUUGUACUGAUAAUAAUUGUGAAAUGUGAAAUUUUUACUUGGGUUUGUCUCCUUGUUACCAAACUUAAACGGAGUCUUGGCUAGACUUACGUGCACUUUUAACUCUGAAGACCCUCAUCAAAAGUGAAAAAGUCUUUUUUUUUUUACAUAUUUUAUAUUUUCAAGUUUUUUCAAGGGUGUGCUACCUAUCUUAACUGCGUGGGCAAGGCUGGCCUGCCGAAAUAGCAUUGAAUGCUACCUCAAGCGCAACCUGGUUUCCAGGACGUUCUCCGCUCGGUCAAAACAUGCAUCUGUAACUUUGCUGAGAAGCUCUUCCUCGGUUUCGAGCAGACAACUAAGCAAGCGGGAACGCUUGGUGACUAGGAUACUUUUGCGCUUGAAUUUGCUCACUGACGAAGAAAAUAGGGGUUUGGUCAAGCAAAUUUAAGUCUUUUUAUUUAAUACUUUUUACAGAUUAUUUACUAAUAUUUCAUUUUAGUUAAAAGUCCUGGUUUUUAACUUUAUAUUUUUUUGCUUGUCUCGCCCAUUUCUUCGUACGAGUGUCAACUUUAGUUUGAUUUUACGUGUAAUGUAAUUUAGUUUGAUGAGAUUUUACAAUUGUUCUUUAGCCAAGUGAAUGAAAUGAGGUACAUUGUUAGGUGAUAACUUUCGAUUCGUUAUGAUUUGCGUGGAAAUCGAUAAUCAUUUUCCGUUAUUCGAACUCCACUUUACACUCCAUCCAUACGUAUUGCAUAACUUCACUUUCCUUUGAAGAAUUUGCUUUUGCGUCAAAUUCUUCGUGGAAAAAUCAAAUUACCCAUUAUCGUCAUCCAGGUACUUAUUUUUGCCAUGAAAAGUGACAAGAAAAUUUAAUUGAACUAACUUCAGACGCGCGUAAAAUAAAUAUAACGCAACUAAGAUAAAUAAUUAAUGCUACUUAAUUCGCUUUUAAUUCUAAAUCUAAUGUUUCAUCGCUUUCUUGUUUGCUUUUUAAAACUUUGCAAGGUGUAUACAUUGAUUAAUUUUUUAUUAACCGCUUGAAGGCUGUGAAAAAUGGAGCUGUGAAAGGUUCCAAUACGUGAAAUGUGAUGAAUAAAAAACACAUGUAAUGGC